AUGAUGAAGCAUGUUCUUCUUUUCUUCUGCUUAGCAUCUUUAACCCUUUCAGUCUCAGAGUCCAAAUCUGAUUAUCUUCAACAUCGUGCUGCUGAUUCCUUCUCUUUUGGCUAUAUUCAGACCCCGGCGAACUGUUCUUAUCUUGUGAUUAUAUCUACAAGUUGUUCAUCACCCAAGUUCACAUUCGAGAAGAUCGGAAUUGCUUUUGGGGACCCUUAUGGCAAGGUAAUCGAAAAAAGACUGGAUAAUCCAGCUUCAAGAACAUUCGAGCAGUGUUCUGUAGAUGUAUUUGAGAUAUAUGGGGCAUGCGCAUCACCUAUUUGUUAUGUGUACUUACAAAGAUCUGGUGCAGUGGACGAUUGGAAACCUGAAAGAGUGAAAAUCUAUGGCAACAACAGAUGGCUCCUUACUUUCAAUUUCAACUUCUCCCUCCCUGAUGCUACAUGGUAUGGCUAUAACUGGUGUAAUGAUAUUCCUCCAUAUCACCUAUAUCCUGAGAAAUGGCUUUCCCUUCAGAAAUGGUUUGUUUUUUUGAGACGAUGGUAA